GACCACAAGGGCGUGUAGGAAGAUGAUUGCCAUGCAACCCAAGGAGUUGUUCCCAUGGCGUUGUCUUGCUCAGCUCUUCACCUGCAUACCUAAAAAGCAAGUUUUGAUCCGAUACUUUCACACAAACCCUUGGAGAUCGGAAAAUUUGAUCUCCAAAAACACUAUCUUAGGAAUUGGCAACCCUUUGCUUGAUAUAGUCGCUGCGGACUCUCUGUUAGAAAAGUAUUCACUGAAACCAAAUAAUGCUAUUUUGGCAGAAGAAAGGCACUUGCCGUUGUUUGAAGAGUUGAAACGUUACCCCGUUGAAUACAUUGCUGGUGGAGAUGUCCUCAAUUCUAUUCGCGUUGCUCAGUGGUUGUUGGAUAAGCCGGAAUCGACAACUUAUUUUGGUGCAGUUGGGACGGACGAGCAUUCGAAACAACUUCAAAAGUGUGCCACUGCGGAUAGAGUAGAAACACAUUUUGAACACAAACCUAAUCUACCAACAGGAGUUUGUGGUGUCUUGGUGACUGCCAAAGGGUUUUGUCGUUCGUUGGUAGCCAAGUUAGGUGCUGCAAGUCAUUAUUCUGUCGAGCAUCUGCGUGCAAGGGAACAGUGGGAAUUGGUGAAAAAAGCACAAAUUUUCUAUUCUAGUGCGUUCUUUUGUGCAGUCUCCCCAGAGUCACUUUUUGAGCUAGGAACUCAUGCUUGUGCAAAUGACAAAACAUUUUGUCACAACCUGGCAGCGCCUUUUCUUAUCGAAAAUUCUAAAUACUUCCAAAUUUUAAAAGAUAUACUACGCUAUGUAGAUAUAAUAUUUGGAAACGAUGCCGAAGCAAGGGCAUUUGCAAAGUCGAUGAAUUGGUCCACACAAAAUGUAACAGAGAUUGCUCAAAGAAUGGCAAGAGAACCUAAAGCAAAUGCAUGUCCACGCACAGUGAUUGUGACGCGGGGAACGGAACCAACUAUAGUUGCUAUUGGCAGCAGUCGUAGGCUUUGGUCUGUGGAGGAAUAUGGUAUUAUUCCUUGCGACCCAUCUGAACUAGUAGAUACAACAGGUGCUGGGGAUUCAUUUGUAGGAGGCUUUUUGGCAGGUUUAGCAAAGGGAGUUGGAUUAGUUGAAUGUAUUGCACAUGCGAAUUAUGCUGCAAAUAUUAUUGUGAAAAGGCCGGGAUGUAACUUACCUAAACAAGCCAACUAUAAAUGGCGCGGAUACACACUUCGAUAUUGAAACCAAACACAUAUGUCUUUAUUCAAUGAAAGAGUUUCAAGAUGA